AAUUUUAAAAACUUGGCCUUGUUUCAAAAUGUCAAAGCAGACAUCUUUGAUCAACAGGCCAGAAACGGCCGAUAUGGUCGAACUGGCGGAAGGAAUCAAAAAGGUUGAGUGGAUUCCGGAUACGAGAUUUCCCCUUUGCGGGACUUUUAUCGUCCAUUUGGAGGACCACACCUUUGGUGCUCUGAUUAGAUCACGGCUGAGCAGGGAUGAAAGGGUCACAUUUGUAGGAUAUCGCAUACCACAUCCCCUAGAGAAUAAACUCGAGAUUAGGCUCAGAACAAAAGUCGAUUCACCCUUUACUGUGAUUCUUAAUGCUAUCUCUGGGCUAAAGGGGAACUUUUCACAUCUCAAGAAGGUCUAUUCGGCUGCCCUGAGGGAACACGUUGGUUCUCACUAGAAUGUAUUCCGAUCCAUCCAUAUAAACUUUACACGAUCUCUUUAUUUACCUUUUAAAUUCAUCUUUAUAUCC